ACUGAGUGAACAAGAAAGAAGAAGACAUGGACAAAGGAGAAGAAUCGGACAGGGGAACGGAGGACAAACAACAAGCAGAGGAAGAGAUCAGCGAAAGUGACAAGAACCUCAAGGACCAGCGCAACAAGGCAGAAAAGGGGGACAAAGAGAAGGGUGAUAGGAAGAGAGAGAAUCGAAGAUCUGGUUCAAUGUGGAGAGCAGGUUGGGCGCUGUCCGAACGACUGGCCAUCAAUGUGUCAGGCAUGCGCUACGAGACACAGAUUCGAACCCUGGCCCAGUUCCCUGACUCCCUGCUCGGUGACCCUCAGCGGCGUCUGCGCUACUUUGACCCACUCCGAAAUGAGAUCUUCCUGGACCGCAAUCGAUUCUGCUUUGACGCCAUCCUUUACUUCUAUCAGUCCGGAGGUCGGUUACGGCGGCCUGCCAAUGUGCCUCUGGACGUCUUCAUGGAUGAACUGCGCUUUUAUGAGCUGGGAGAGGAUAUCAUGGCUCGCUUCAAAGAGGAUGAGGGCUUCCCCAAGGAGGAGCCUCGGCCCCUGCCAGACAAUGAGAUCCAGCGCAAGCUGUGGAUGCUCUUUGAACACCCUGAAUCCUCUGGAGGCGCGCGCAUCAUCGCCAUCAUCAGCGUGAUGGUGAUUGUGGUCUCUAUCCUCAUCUUCUGUUUGGAGACGCUGCCUGACUUCAGAGUAGAGAAGGAGCUGAGAGAGCAAAUGGCAUACCAGGCUAUCCUUGCUGGAAACAGUACCUUGCACAGCCUAAUGUUCUCUCCCUUUCAAGAUCCGUUCUUCCUGGUGGAGACCAUAUGCAUCUGCUGGUUCUCGUUUGAGCUAGUGAUGCGUUUCACCUGCUCUCCCAGUAAGAUGUCCUUCUUCAAGGAUGUGAUGAACAUCAUAGACUUCUUCGCAAUCAUUCCCUACUUCGUCACGCUCGGCACGGAGCUGGCCAAGUCUAAGGGAGCGACACCGUCCAUGUCCCUGGCGAUCAUAAGGGUCAUCCGUCUUGUUCGGGUUUUCCGGAUCUUCAAGCUGUCUCGCCACUCCAAAGGCCUUCAGAUCCUGGGCCAGACGCUGAAGGCCAGCUUGAGAGAGCUGGCGCUGCUCAUCUUCUUCCUCUUCAUUGGAGUCAUCCUGUUCUCCUCGGCCGUGUACUUUGCUGAGGUGGACAACCCUGGAACGGCCUUCACCAGUAUCCCAGAAGCCUUCUGGUGGGCUGUGGUCUCAAUGACGACAGUGGGGUACGGCGACAUGUACCCGGAGACGGUGGGCGGAAAGCUGGUGGGCUCCAUGUGCGCCAUCGCCGGCGUGCUCACCAUCUCGCUUCCCGUUCCCGUCAUCGUUUCCAACUUCAGCUACUUCUACCACCGUGAAACAGAGUGUGAGGACAACCAGGAAUACACACACGUCAGCACUUCCCUUUGGGAGGAGGAAGAAGAUGGGGAAGAAGGAGAAGAUGCUGAGGAAGGGCCUGGGGAACAGGGAGACCGCGUUCCUCUCGAAGCAGGCGCGGUCUAUAGGGGGAUCUGCGCCCCUCUGAAUGGAAGUCUCCUGGCUGGGCUUUGUGCAGGUCAGACCGGAGUGCAAAGUGUAGGGAGCGUUUACCCGCUGGUCACCCAAGUCUAAUAGACUGAAGAUCAAAGAAGAGGAAUGAGAGAUGGAGGUGGUCCUGUGCCAUGUUUAAAGGACACUGCCUCGCUGUGACUCACUGAAUGUGUGGGGAUGAUGGGAAGGAAUAAAUGCAAGAAACAGAAAACGAUUGACGAAGAGGCUGAGAAGGUACAAAAUGCAGAUGCAGUAUCUAAAGGAAAGGUAUGAAGAAGUUACAAAAAACAUUGUCUUUCUAACUAUAAAACAUCUAUAAAAUGUUUCCUAACGUUCCGGUAACCAAACUUUUAUUUUGACAUCACAACCUUAAACC